AUGGCAAUGACUGACAAGAAGGAAUUAACUGUGGAGCAGCAGCAAGAGUACAAAGAGGCGUUUCAGUUGUUCGACAAGGACAACGACGGCAAAAUAACGGCCGAGGAGUUAGGGACUGUGAUGCGUGCUUUAGGUGCAAACCCUACCAUGUUAAAAAUUAGUGAAAUUGUCAAACAGUUUGAUAAGGAAAACAGUGGCAAAUUUGAUCAGGCGACUUUCUUGAAUAUCAUGUUGGACUAUGGACAAGAAGUAGACUCAACUGAAGACAUCAAGAAAGCUUUUGAGAUCUUCGAUAAGGAACGUAACGGCUUUAUCUCCGCUUCAGAACUCAAACACGUGUUGACUACUCUUGGAGAGAAACUUAGUGAACAAGAGGUCGACGAUUUGUUGAAAGAAAUUGGAGUCGAGGAUGGGUUCAUUAACGUCGAGGCUUUCGUCAAACUCAUCACAAGCAAAUAA